AAAGAAAAAAGAAAAGAGAGAGAGAAAAAGGAGAAGGAAGGAGGGAAGGAUGACAAAGAGGAAGAAGGGAAGAAGGAGGAAGAAGAGAAAGAAAAGAAUGAAAAGGAAAAGGAGGAGGAGAAAAAAGGAAGAGGAGAAGGAGAAGAAAGAAGUCACAUUCAUUUAUAGAACACUGCAAAGAACCUUGCAUAUGUGAUCUCAUUUGAUCCUCACAACAGUGCUGAGAGGAAAGAAAGUAAGAAAUAUUUACAGAGGACAUACUAUGCGCUAGACACUGGGCUAAGCACAUUACAAAAUGUUAUCUCAUUUGCUCUUCCUGACAACCCUGAGAGGUAGAGACUAUUGUGAUCCCCAUUUUACAGUUAAGGAAACUGAAGCAAGUAGAGGUUAAGUGACUUUCCUAAUAUCGUUCACCUAGAAAAUAUCUGAGAUUGAAUUUGAAUUCAGUUCUUUAGGAUUCCAGGGCCUCCUCUCUAUCGAUUGCACUAUCUAGCUGCUUCUAAAAAAGGCAAAAGAAAAAAAAAAUCUAUCUACUUCCCAAUUUGGCUUGAGGAAAUCUUUCCAGAUACAUAUCUGAAAAUAACUGCUUGUGCUAGUAACUCUUGUGUCCUGUCCAAUCCCAUGUUCACUGGGUAAUAUGAUUUAUGCUCACUUCCUGGAGCCACACCCUUUGAUCUCCCCACUAUCCCACAACUACAGCUGCCACCAUAGACUUUUUUUUUCUAGAUAAGGAAAAUUAAGACAUGUUCAAAAAAAUGAUCUGGGCAUUUCUGUUCUGCAAACUCUUCAGAGUGAUGGUGUCCAUUGUGUGAGUGUAAUGAUGGAGCUCCCUGAAGAGAUGAAGUAAAGGGCAGCACCCAGCUAUUUCUUAUUCUGAAAACUUACCAGAUCUCCUAAAGCCCAAUUUCUGUUGCUCAAGAAGCUGGGUGUUUCCUUCUUAGACAGAAUCUUCAGCCUAGGAAGAAGACUUAAUUGGCCGGGAGAAGAGCCCGUGAACCAGGCAGUCCAGGAUGAGCACUACAUGGCCACCGGAUCUCACUACAUUUGAAUUUAACUAUGACAACUAUAAGGACACAAUGCCAUGUUACAAAGAUGACAUCAAAAACCUGACCUCCAAGUUCGUGCCUUUUCUGUACUCGAUGGUGUUCAUCAUCGGCCUGCUGGGCAAUUCCACAGUAGUGCUGAUCCUCACGAAGUACAAGAGACUCAAAACCAUGACCAACAUCUACCUUCUCAACCUGGCCAUCUCGGAUCUGCUUUUCCUCAUUACACUUCCAUUCUGGAUUUACUACGAUUUGCAAAAGAAUUGGGUCUUGGGAGAUGCCAUGUGUAAACUCCUUUCGGGGUUGUAUUAUGUGGGCUUAUACAGUGAAAUCUUCUUCAUCGUCCUGUUGACUAUUGAUAGAUAUCUGGCCAUUGUCCAUGCAGUGUUUGCCAUAAGGGUCAGGAAGGUGGUCCUCAGCAUCCUGACCAGCAUCUUUACCUGGAUCCUGGCUUUCUUGUUCUCUCUUCCUGAAAUUAUCUUCACUAGAUCUGAGAAGGAGAAGUCUGCUCAUACCUGUAGUCCUCAUUUCCCACAUGACACUAUGGAAACAUGGAAACAGUUCUACGCUUUGAAACUGAACUUCCUGGGAUUCAUUUUGCCCCUGCUGAUCAUGAUCAUCUGCUACACGGGGAUUAUAAAAAUACUGCUUAGACGGAGGAAUGAGAGGAAAUGGAAAGUGGUCAAACUGAUUUUUAUCAUCAUGAUCAUCUUCUUUCUCUUUUGGAUACCCUAUAAUCUCACAAUACUCGUUGCUGCUUUCCAGAAUUUCUUUUUCACACCGGAUUGUGAAAAUAGCAAACAGUUGGAUGUGGCAAUACAAGUGACCGAAACAAUCGCCCUCACACACUGUUGUGUCAACCCUGUGAUCUAUGCCUUUGCUGGAGAGCGGUUUCAGAAAUACCUCUCUCAUUUUAUCCGCAAUCACAUUGCAGUGCACCUGUGCAAAUAUGUCCCAUCCUUCUUGAAGGACAGGCGAGAGAGAGUUAGUUCUAUCUCUCCAUCUACUGGGGAACAUGAACUCACGAUUGAGUUUUAGAUCAUUACCUGAGAGGGUGGCUCAUGGACAUUAAUAUUUACUUAGUUGGAAUGGGAACUUCAGAACCAAUUCACUGAUCCUCAGGUUAAACUUCUCAGAUGGAACAGAAAGUUAAUACUCCAGUGGGAGGUGAGAUGGUUGGGAGAUCAGGACCCUGGGCCCUUCCCAAACUCAAGUAUUCAGACCAUAAAGGUAGAUCUCUUUGCGAAAUUGCUCAGUAGUCACAGAGCAUUAUAGAAACAAAUAGAAGUUAAUAUAAUUUAUUUUCUUUUGAGAUUUAAAAAUAAAAGUUUGUGCAUCUUUAGA